AAAAAGCAUACGGCAUUUCGAAUUCAGCACAAAUAGUUUCCAACCUUUAAUCUGAAUUUUUAUUAUAUUUUCUUAGAAUUAUAAAUUUUUAUUUAAUAAAAAUAUAAAAAUGAAAUUAUUGAUUGCAUUUUCACUCUUCGUAGCAGCUUGCAGUGCUGGUUAUCCUGCUCUUUAUGGUCAUGGUGGCUAUGGAGGUUUUGGACAUGGUUACGGUUAUGGAGGUUUUGGACAUGGUAUAGGAUAUGCAGCACCAGCAGUUGUUGCAGCUCCAGCACCAGUUGUUAAAUACGCUGCACCAGCUGUAUAUGCCGCUCCAGCUCCAGUUGUUAAGUAUGCUGCACCAGCUGUUGUUGCUGCUCCAGCUGUUGUUAAAGCUGUUGCUCCCGCUGCCACUAGUUAUGCAUCAUUCAAUCAAGUUUCAAUUGCCCACCCAGCACCAGUUGUUAAAUAUGCUGCCCCAGCUGUGUAUGCUGCACCAGCUCCAGUUGUUAAAUAUGCUGCUCCAGCUGUUGUUGCUGCUCCAGUAGUAAAAGCUGCCGUUGCUGCACCAGCCAUUGCAUACGGUCAUGGUUUAGGUUAUGGUUUAGGUCAUGGUAUAGGUUAUGGUUAUGGACAUGGUUUGGGAUAUGGUCAUCCUUGGUAAAUUUAUUAGCAGACAACCAUAACAGCAUUUUCAUAUAAAAAACACAUUAGAAGAGGAAAUGAGGAAGAAUAUUCCGGACGAAAAAAAAAAUAAUAAUAAAGAAACACUGCCAAAUAGGAAUUUACGAUCUUUAUAUACAGUUUAUACAUUAAAAUAAUAUUCUCAUUAAUUUUAUAAUAAAAUAUAAAUAAAAACUACUAUAAAAAAACAAAGCAUAUAUACUUAUAUGAAAUUAAUCUGAAACAUGAUUUUUACCAUAAAUAAGAAUGUUUUUGUAUCAUGCAA